AUGGGCGGAGCCGAAGGCCCGGCUGCAAAGGAUCCGAUUCCGCAGCGGCCGCACCUCUUCCAGCAGUACCCGCAGCACCUCUGCCGAGCGAACCAGCACGUCGGGGCGCGCGUCACGGUGUCCGGCAAGAGGCCGUCGUCCGAUGCCGCGGAGCCCCCGCUGGAGAUCCCGCCGCACGGCUUGGGGCUGGUCGGGUGCGGGGACAGUGGUGACGGUUCGGGCGGCACGGCCAGCGGCGUAGACUCGCUGUCGUCUACGCCGGAGAGCUCGUGGGACGCGGAGCUGGUAGGCGACUUCGGCAGGCUGCCGAUGGGGGACGUUGUGGUGGAGGUCUCUCGGAAAGAGUGUGACUUGGAAGGCCGUCCAAUCACCAGGAUCGGAAACAGCCUGACCCCGAUCACGGCUUCCUCCCCCGAUGUUCGCGAAAGCCACAUCGAAUUCACGGGUCUCGAGAAAACCGGCCACGACCUCCGCGGCCUGCGCGUUACAGCGAUCUUCGGAGUGGAUGCGGUCCAUCAGAUCGCUUGCGUCACCAGCCCCAUCGAGGUCGGACCCGAUGGGCGCGCGUACUCGCGGGUGUUCUACCCGGGAAUGCAAGAGAUCUGGCCGGAGCUUUACAACACGUCUAACAUCCGGUUGGUUGAGGUCGACGUUGCCAUCGAAAUUUUAUCGGACACGUGCGGCGAGUUCCGGUUUGUCGGGCCCCACCUCAAGGUGGCCUACCGACGAGCCAUACCACCCGUCGACGAUGGCGGCGACGUUUCGCCGAGACCGACCGGGAGGCAAACCGCUCGUCGCGUGGCCGUACUGGUUGCGACGGGGGGGAGACCCCUGCAGGCACUCCCGCGCCAGGUGCUUCCCGCUCGCCCCCGUGCCGUCGACCACUCGUGGCCGGUGGCGGAUCGAUGCGUGGACAUGCAACAGCAGCAGGCCUUUUACAUGGGCGGCGAGGCCGCUGCGCAUCAGCUACAGCAGCAGCAGCAGCAACAGCAGCAGCAACGGUGGGAUAUGCUGCAAUAGUUGCGGUUUCGAGAGAGAGAGAGAGAGAGAGAGAGAGAGAGAGAGAGGGCGGGAGAGGGAAGGGAGGAUGAGAGGUGUAACAUGGAACGCACGCACAACGAGAACGGUCUUAUUUUUGUGCUGCAAGGGAACCCUUCAUUUUGUGGUCCAUUGCUGUAUCCGUAGCGUGAUGCUGUGAUGGUGCUGUGCCUUUUCCGGUGAUGCCAUCAAUGUUCGCGUUCUCGAGGUCAUCGUUGUUCUUGUGUUUCGUGUCACGGCUGAAGCACUUCUUCUUCCGAUGUUGUAUUUCUUCGUGGGUAUCGACUAUGUCGGGCAGGUAUUGGUCUGUAUUUACGCGCCAUUAGCGGUUCCUCUCCCCCCCAAGUUUGUUUUUUUUGUCGCUUCUGUGCGUACAGUGUUGAGUGUUGUUUUUCAGUGCUCUGCCGGGCACGCCUCUCUUACACAUGGGAGUUUUACCUGUCGUUCGUGUAAUUUUCUGGUGUUGGUAGAUUUGGCAGAUUUGACCGCGAGAGCGGCCUCCUCCUUCCCCAAUAUGUUUGUUCUCUGGGUCGCGUGUACAACGUCUUAGGGCACCGGGAAAAGUUCGCUAUUAUUGUUUGUACCAUGUGAGACGAUUUGCUUUUUGUAUUUUGUGUCUGGCGUUGCUUCGAUGUCUGGACGUGCCUCUGGCGACACGGAGAAGGGAAACUUGACUUGAUGUCAUGUAUAGUAGGAAAGAUUCACGCCCACACGGUAUUGUCUUUGUUCAGUAUGCAAGGAACGUCACAAGUUCUCCGGUGCAAUAGAUAUUAUUGAUGUGUUGCCCGUGAUGUAGUCGGAGGUACCUAAUGAGUACCACCACCACCGCCCCCGCCCACUCCCCCGUUUCUACCGUUUUGUCAAGUGGUGCUGUUUUCGAUUGUACGAUCUCUGGCUCGUUUCAGGCGCGUAGCAAUAUGCUUUUCUAGAGUUUUGCGCUCGACGAGUACUGGGUUU